AUGUUUUUCCUCCCUCAAUACGCACUCGCCCUCUUCCUCUUCCCCCCUGUUGCCCUUGCAGACCCCAUCCACAUUCCACUCACUCGUCGCUCGUCAGGUAAUCGUGACAUCAACUAUUAUGUUUCUGCAGCGAAGCAUCUGCAGGCCAAGUACAACAUAAUGGGGAACUCCUCACCUCACGGAAAGAGGGCGAGCUCUGAUUCAAUACAAACCAUUGGCAUCGACCUGUUCUCAGAUGCGGCUUAUGCUGCACUCAUAAAGAUCGGAACCCCACCACAAUCACUCAAGGUCAUCCUCGCCACAGGAGCGUCUGACUUUUUGGUUUUAGACACCUUAUGCACCUCCUGCAAUUCUACGAUCCCGUUAUUCGACCCCUCAAAAUCCUCAUCAAUCACUUCAGCAUAUGCCAAUGGCACGAUCUCUUUCAAUGCAUCCAGCAGCGCGAGUGGAAUAAUCGCACAAGAUGUGGUUUCCAUGGGCAAUUUCAUCGUUCAAAAUCAAACAUUUUUGGCCGUUGACAAGAUCGUGGGUGGCUUUUUUGGAGGUACAGUAUCAGGGGUUAUGGGUCUUGCGUUCUCUGCUGUUUCUGUCACGCGCUCGACUCCAUUUUGGCAGGCGUUAGGAAACCAAUUGGCUGUCCCUGAGAUGGCCUUCUAUCUUGCUCGAUUCAAGGAUGAUUCCAGUGCCCAGGUAGAUGAACCAGGAGGUGUGUUUACCCUCGGAGGAACAAACUCGACGCUAUUCACUGGUGAUAUUGAAUUUUUGGCAAUGCCUUCGGGUACCCCAACCUAUUGGAUUCUCGCCAUGUCCGCAAUCACUGUGCAAGGACAGUCUGUUCAAAUCAUGACAGGCACUAAUGUUUUCUUUGACACUAGCACUACCUUUAUCGGUGGUCCAACUGCUGAUGUCAAUGCCAUUUGGGCAGCCGUUCCGGGCUCAGCCGUUGCUGUGAAUUACACAGGAUUCUUCUCUUUCCCCUGCUUUACCUCGGUUCAAGUGACACUUUCCUUCGGGGGCAAGGCGUGGCCGAUAAAGGUGACCGACAUCAACCUUGGCCAGAUUUCGCAUGGGAGUUCGCAAUGCCUUGGAGCCAUUGCCGAUAUAAACAUCGCCACUAACUAUUCUGGUCCUCCUGCCUGGGUUGUUGGGAAUUCCUUCUUGAAGAACGUGUAUUCUGUCUUCCGUGCCAGCCCUCCUUCAAUUGGGUUCGCACAGCUUUCCAGUGUGGCUGGCGGAAUAGGUGAGAGAGAGAACAGUCUGGUCUUCCCAGUGACUUCAUCUUCACUUCUCCUUCCAGGCGCUCCAAACAGCAAUGAUUCCUCGACAACCAAUGGCGCUGGUGGCUCUGGUGGCUCUGGAAAGAGCAAUGGCGGAUCAUCAAUCAGAAUUACAUUGCCUGCCAUGCUGACCACCGCAACCAUUGCCAGUGUUGUCCUCAUGUCCUUGUUGUAA